UAGAAUCUCUAAAAUUGAUCUCACCAUUUAAAUCACACACACCGGACAUCAUAUUAUUGCGUAACGCGCUAUCUUUCUCUUAAUUAUUAGUCGUUAAAGAUCUUGAAAAUCACUUGAAUAUCUCAUCGUCUCAAUAAAGCUUGGAGGUUUAGAGUCUCUUCUCUCUUGGUCUCAAAGAAGGUGGGAGUGCAAAAAAAAGCUAAGACUAGUAAACAAGACCACCAUGGCUGCUCGGCGGAUGUCAUCUCUGCUCUCUUCUCGCAAUGUUUCCUCUCUUGCUUCUGCUUUCUCACGUUCUUCUGGGAAAGGUUCCAGCUAUAGCCGAGGAAUCAUCUCAAGGUUUAGCACUGCUGCUUCUGCUGCUUAUGAAGAACCAAUCACUCCACCUGUGAGGGUCAGUCAUACACAGCUCCUCAUUAAUGGGCAGUUUGUUGAUGCUGCUUCAGGGAAAACUUUUCCAACCUUAGAUCCCAGAACAGCAGAAGUUAUUGCUCAUGUUGCUGAAGCUGAAAGUGAAGAUGUCGAUCGUGCAGUUUCUGCAGCCCGCAAAGCAUUUGAUGAGGGACCCUGGCCAAAAAUGACUGCCUAUGAAAGAUCACGGAUAAUGUUGCGUGUGGCUGAUUUGGUUGAGAAAAACACUGAUGAACUUGCUGCUCUUGAAACUUGGGACAAUGGGAAGACUUAUGAACAAGCAAUUGGUGAAGUAGAAGUACUAGCACGCCUUUUCAGAUACUAUGCUGGUUGGGCCGAUAAGAUUCAUGGCCUCACAGUUCCUGCUGAUGGGCCCUAUCAUGUCCAGACACUGCAUGAACCAAUUGGUGUUGCCGGGCAGAUCAUACCAUGGAAUUUUCCUUUGCUAAUGUUUGCAUGGAAAGUAGGGCCUGCGUUAGCAUGUGGCAAUUCUGUUGUGCUGAAAACUGCUGAACAAACACCAUUAUCUGCUCUGUAUGUAGGAAAUCUGUUUUUGGAGGCUGGACUUCCGCCUGGUGUGUUGAAUGUCAUCUCUGGCUUUGGUCAUACUGCUGGAGCAGCACUUUGUAGUCAUAUGGAUGUUGAUAAGCUUGCUUUCACAGGAUCGACAGCUACGGGUAAGACUGUACUUUCAUUGGCUGCAGCAAGCAAUCUUAAGCCAGUGACACUAGAGCUUGGAGGAAAGUCUCCUUUUAUAGUAUGUGAAGAUGCUGAUGUGGAUAAGGCAGUUGAGAUGGCGCACUUUGCACUCUUCUUCAACCAGGGUCAAUGCUGCUGUGCUGGAUCUCGAACAUUUGUACAUGAACGCGUGUAUGAUGAAUUUUUAGAGAAAGCAAAGGCAUGUGCUUUGGAGCGUGUGGUUGGUGAUCCUUUUAAAAAGGGUGUUGAACAAGGUCCCCAGAUUGAUAACGAGCAAUUUGCCAAGAUUAUGAAGUACAUUAAGUCUGGUGUUGAAAGUGGAGCCACCUUAGAAGCUGGAGGAGAGAGAUUCGGCUCCAAAGGCUUCUACAUACAACCAACUGUUUUCUCAGGCGUCCAGGACAACAUGUUGAUUGCACAAGAUGAGAUAUUUGGCCCAGUGCAAUCCAUUCUAAAGUACAAGGAUCUUAAUGAGGUCAUCAAAAGGGCAAAUUCAACAUCUUUUGGUCUAGCCGCUGGAGUUUUUACACAGAACAUAGACGUCGCCAACACCUUGACACGCGCACUGAAAGCUGGAACCAUAUAUGUUAACUGUUUUGAUGUCUUUGAUGCUGCAAUACCAUUUGGUGGAUACAAGCAAAGUGGGCAAGGAAGAGAGAAAGGAAUAUAUAGUCUAAAUAACUACCUGCAAGUUAAGGCUGUUGUUACUCCUUUGAAGAACCCAGCAUGGCUGUAGCGUCCUACUUCAAAUAAGCUAUGUAAUCCUUAGCAUCUUUCUGUGACGGUGUAACACAACGUAAGAACAGUGAAGUGUGAAUUUCAUAAUAAAGGUGGCAACUUCUUGCGUACCUCUAAAUGUCAAAUUUCUUUUGAUUAUUCAUUCAAAUAUAUUCUCGUCAUUUCUUCUA